UAAGCAUGGCGCUGCGGGGUGACGGUUGUUCCGGGGCCUCGGCCCUGGUGGUGCUGUGGGGUUUGGUGCUGCUGCUGUGCGAUGUGUCCUGGGCUCGGAUUCAUCACCUCACGCUGAAGGACGACAUACGGCAGAAGGUCCACCUCAACAGUUUUGGUUUCUAUGAAAACGGCUCUAUGAGCGUGAAGGUUAACAGCCUCUCAAUAAAAAGCAACACGGAUCUCUCCAAACUAGACAACAGCACGUUUGGAUUCAGCCUGGACAGGACAAAGAACGAUGGCUUUUCCACCUACCUGGAUGAGGAAGUGCGGGACUGCAUCCUGAAGCAUACGCCAGAGAGCGUUUCCGUAACGCUGCUGAAACUGGACUUUACCAACAAACGUGUCCAUAUCAAGAACGUUGGCGGCAUCAGCUUGCCAAACAUUAUUGUCUCGCUUCCAGAGGUUAAAGAUACCGUGACGGCAACCAAAAGUCCCACCGUUAAAAGCGCCACGGUAAAGCUGCAGCUCCAGAGGCCAGGAGACGAGUAUCGCUCUAUGAAGGUGGAGGAGGGUGUAGCAUCAUUCCAGUUUGAUUUUAACGUGAGCUCCAAUGAGCUGGAGGGACUCUACAGCCUUUACUUCCACAGCUGUGCGGGAGCUGGAAAUUCAGUCCGAGACCAGCACCUCUUCAGUUUGGAUAUUGAAAUUAUCAACAAGAAUCCAGAAAGUUACCUUUCAGCAGAUGAGAUUCCGUUACCUAAGCUUUACAUCUGUAUGGCGCUCUUCUUUUUUUUGGCAGGAGUCCUCUGGGUUCAGAUCCUCCGGAAGCGCAUGAGCGAUGUCUUCAAGAUCCAUUGGCUGAUGGCAGCGCUGCCUUUCACAAAGUCAUUGUCGCUGGUGUUUCAUGCAAUCGACUACCACUACAUUUCUUCUCAGGGGUACCCGAUCGAAGGGUGGGCUGUGGUAUAUUAUAUCACACACUUACUGAAAGGAUCGCUGCUUUUCAUCACAAUUGCACUGAUUGGAACUAGCUGGGCCUUUGUGAAACACAUCCUAUCUGACAAAGAUAAGAAGACUUUCCUGAUCGUUAUUCCACUACAGGUUCUGGCCAAUGUGCUUGACAUCGUCAUAGAGUUCACAGAAGAAGGCACGACGGAGUACGGGCUGUGGAAGGAGAUUCUGUUCCUCGUGGACUUCCUGUUCUGCGGAGCGAUCCUCUUCCCGGUUAUAUGGUCCAUCAGGCAUCUACAGGAGGCAUCGGCUACAGACGGGAAAGCUGCGAUCAACUUGGCGAAGCUGAAGCUCUUCAGACAUUACUACAUCAUGGAAAGGACUGCCCGGAUACGAGUUGGAGACUCGGGUGGCUUUAGCAGCGCAAUAUCUGAAUGCCUUGGGAAGAUCGUCUGCUUCAUAUACUUCACCCGGAUCAUCGCCAUUUUUAUUAUGGUUGCAGUCCCCUUCAAAUGGAAGUGGAUGUACCAGCUCGUGGAUGAAGUGGUCACCUUCAUAUUCUUUGUGUUAACCGGGUAUAAAUUCCGCCCGGCGUCCGACAACCCGUACCUUCAGCUUCCCCAGGAAGACGACGCCGAUGACCUGGAAAUGGAGGCAAUAUCCAGUUCUGAAAGUGGUCUUAUCACCAUGGCACCCAAUGGGAUGGUUCUGUUUGUGGAAACAUUCUGCUGGUUCCUAUUGGGAUUUUAUGUUCAUUAUUUGUAA